ACAAAACUACACCAAUUGUGCAACUUAUUAGUUUCACAAGCUCAUGACACUGCAAACUAAUACCAACAUCGAAGUAAAGCGCACGCAAUCACUUAAAUAUGGAGUUUUCACUUAAUGUUGGCUCUAUUUUGCUGUUGCCAUUCGCAGCAUUGAUAUUAUGGCUUACAUAUAAAUUCGUGGAAGAGAAGUUGUCUCCGCUACAGAAGAUUCCAAGCCCUCCAGGCAGGUGGCCAUUGAUCGGCCAUGUUUUAACUUUCCUCCAAUCUAAUCAACUGGAAGUGCUACGCUCUUGGAGUGAAAAACAUGGACCGAUGUUCGUCGUUCAUCUAGGUUAUGGAGUUGGGAAAGAUGGCUAUUUACUACAUAUACCUGAUCCUGAGCUCAUCAAGUUCGUGGCUAGCAAUAGCCAUAAAUUUUACAGACCUGACUUUGUCGCAAGAAAUAUUCCAAGUAUAAGCACUGGCUUGUUUGCAUCCAAUGGCAAGGCACAUGCUCGACAAAAAAGAAUGAUUGGUCCUGCAUUUACUUCCAAGUACUUGAAAGGAUUUUUGGGAAUCUUCAUAGAAAAUGUUGAUAACCUUGUUAAGCUAUGGUCAACCAAGCUGAAAGAUCCUGUUGAAGUUCAUGAUGAUUUGACACAUUUAACUCUGGAUGUGAUCGGUCAAUCUGCAUUUGGUUACAACUUUAACACUGUCUUAGCAGGGGAGAGCAAAGUUUCUGAAGCAGUGGAUAUGGUCAUUAGUGGAAUGAGUUUUAGACAACUCAUCGGGAAGACCUUUAUUCCCUUUUUUGAGUACCUACCAACAAGUGAAAACAGGAGAAUUAAGACUGCUAAGGAGAUAGCUGACAAUACAGUAUUAGAUGUGAUCAAAGAGCGUCGCAAAGAGAAAAAAGCUGGAAUUGUGAGAGAGAAAAAAGAUCUUCUAGAUGUUCUGAUGGACAUGUAUGAUCAGGAAACAAAUUCAGUCAUGGACGAUGAGGAGUUGAGGAGUCAGGUGUUCACCUUUAUGGUGGCUGGUCACGAGACAACUAGUGUUGCUCUUGCCUGGACCCUCUAUGAGCUGGCAAAGAAGCCUCAAAUCCAAGUUGAACUGAGAGAAGAAAUAAACUCUGUGUUACGUGGUGGAACUGAGAUGACAUGGGAUGCAGUUGAACGGCUCACGUACCUUGAAAAAGUCAUUAAAGAAGCGCUGCGGCGCCACCCCCCUGCUAAUGUGACUGGCCGUGCUCCAAUUGAAGAUAUCACUAUCGGGGGAUAUCUGAUUCCCAAGGAUACAGUUAUAAUAUUGCCCAUUGAUGAAUUACAGCGAACUUCCAAAUUUUGGCCAAAUCCUGACGACUUUGAUCCUGAAAGAUUCGAUGAGAAAGAGGACCGAGCAGGUGUAAAGCCUUACACACACAUUCCAUUUGGGGUGGGCUCGCGCAUGUGCAUUGGAUACAAAUUUGCCUUGAUGGAAAUGAAGGUGAUAUUGGCGACUUUGUUGAAGAAAUUUUCGGUCAGUGAGGCUCCCGAGUGUAAAGUUGAAGCCGUGCCAAUGCUGACGGUCCGUCCCGCGGGACUUAAACUGCUGAUAAGACUUGCAACCCAGCCCUGACUACGGAGCAACUUUCAGUUUCUUGAGGAAAUAAAUCUAGGAUUGCGGUGCUUUUGCUUCAUUUCAUUCUGUGAUUGAUCCAGAUAGCUCGCACCACUUUUUUUUUCCAAAUUAGAUGUACAACUUAAACCAAGUGUGAUGUUAUCGAUCACCCUUUCUUGUGCUUGAUUACGUUGAGUACUUCUGCGUCUUUGUUCCUCAGUCUUUGGACUGAUUAGCCAUUGUGGUUACAGCCGUAUUUUGGUUUCAGUUCUUGCUGAUACUCAGUCAAACAGCGUGUUUCCAUUACGUUAACCAGAGCAAACGCAACUGUAAAUGAGUAAGGAAUUAGUACUAAAAUUGUUACAUUGCUUGAUGAAAUAGUUAGAAUUGUGAUCAGAUGCCUGCACACACUUUAUCAGGACAUUUCCCAGAUAUAUAUCAUUAUAACUGUUGGUGGAUGAAUACACUCACUACACAAGUAGUUUAUGUUACAAGUGUUAGCUAAUAAAUUAGUUAUUAUAGUUAUUGUAUGUAGACACAUUACACCAGGUGUUUGUCUUACAAAACGAGAAAUGGAGGUUUUAGUGCCGUCACACAGCUUAUAUAGUCACAAUCGUUGUCGGCGUGGUGCUUGCAGACAUCUAUAGGCACUGACAAAUUGAGAACCGGUCCACGUUCGAGCGAUGUCGAUAAGGGGUGUAUUUCUAUUUUACGAAAGCAAAGAUGUAUACCAUUUAGAUCCAAAAUGACAGUCUUUUGAAGCCGGCACUACGCUGGAAUUUACUGGUUAUAAACAGACACUGUUCUCUCUAUAACUGAUGUUUCUAAUUUCCCAUAUCUUCCAUUAGGAUCAAAUUAUUGUGCAUACUCUAUAAACCGAGAC